AUGAGAAGGGCGCUGCUUUUUCCCGCAAAUGGAAGAAAUGGGCCAGUUAAACGAAAACGUCCUUCAAUGUGGGUUCUAAAAGGCGUGUUUGGGUAUUCCAACGUGGAAUCUGGCUUGCCGACGAGUAAUGAAGUGGGAUGGAGUGAAGUUCGGUGGCCACCGAGACAAGUUUCGAAGUUCGAUGAUACAAAAUUUGAGAUGCAUGUCUCCAACCAACUCCCACAGGGAUCAGUGCUGAAAUUGCAUUGUGCAUCUAAAGAUGAUGAUCUUGGGUAUCAUACUCUUGCUGUCGGCCAAGAAUUUCGUUGGAAGUUUUGUGAAAACGUUUUCUCAGCUACAUUAUUUUUCUGCACUCUUAGGUGGGGUUCGGAGUUUGCUUCUUUCGAUGCUUUUUAUACUGCAUGGGCACAUAAAUACUGUAUUAGUGGUUCUUGCUUUUGGAUAGCAGAGGAUGAUGGCAUCUAUUUUCAAGAUUCGGAUGCACAUCCGUUCAAAGUGCUUGACUGGAAACAUUAA